AAAAGCCGAGGACCAGCGAGCCGCUCCGGCCUCGCCAGGCUAGUGCAGCCCGCUAAUCGGCUGCUAGUCAGUGCGUGGUCUGCAUUGUAGACUGGAGCCGGCUAGCUGCCGUUUGCUAACGAAUGGCCCCAUCACCUACUAAACGCAGGGAGCGUUCAGAAGAUAAAGCUAGAGAGAGGGGUAAAGAAAAGGCUGUGGCAAAGGAAGGUGCUGAGAAGGAGAGGGGAAGGGACAAGAAUCGUAAACGCCGCAGUAACUCUACUGGGAGCAGCAGCAGCAGAUCUAGAUCCAGUUCCAGCUCAAGUAGCAGUUCUGGUUCCAGCUCUGGUUCCUCCAGUGGCUCCAGCUCCUCUUCAGGCUCUAGCCGGUCUGGGUCCUCCAGCUCUUCCCGCUCCUCCAGCUCCUCUGGCUCCUCAGGGUCACCCAGCCCCAGCCCCAACCGCCGCCGGCAUGACAAUCGCAGACGCUCCCGUUCAAAGUCCAAAUCGCAGAAAAGGGGUGACGACAAAGAACGGAAGAGGAGGAGCCCUAGCCCUAAACCUACCAAACUUCACGUAGGAAGACUGACUAGGAAUGUCACAAAGGAUCACAUUCAAGAGAUAUUCUCUACGUAUGGCAAGAUCAAGAUGAUUGACAUGCCGUCAGACCGUUUUCAUCCAAACCUAUCGAGGGGCUACGCUUAUGUCGAGUAUGAGACCCCAGAGGAAGCGCAGAAGGCUCUAAAACACAUGGAUGGAGGUCAGAUAGAUGGUCAGGAAAUCACAGCGACAGCUGUCCUGACUCCAAGGGUACGACCUGCCCCCCGCAGACUGUCUCCUCCACGCAGGAUGCCCCCUCCUCCCCCAAUGUGGCGUCGUACUCCUCCUCGCAUGAGGAGAAGGUCUCGGUCACCGCGGCGCCGCUCCCCGGUGCGACGGCGCUCUCGAUCCAGGUCUGCGGGGCGCAGACGCCAUCGCUCGCGCUCCAGCUCCAACUCCUCACGAUAGGGAGGUUGUCCCUGAGCUCUACAACGCUUUUAGUACCUUCAGGUCUUGGUGGAGGCCUGGUGGACACUUCGGGCUGUAGUCUGAAAGGACAGAAACUUAACUUUUGUUUUGAUUCAUAUUCAUAAAAGCAGCAUUUUCUUCUUUUCUCAGGAUUUUGUUUGUACCUAAAAGCCCAAGUCAUCACAUUUUUGUGCCCUCUCUAGAGAAAGCGUGUGUAGAUGUUUCUUCUCCUCUGGGAGUUUUGUAUGCUGUAAGGCAGUGGUCACUAGCCCAUUCCUGGAGAACUACCUUCUUGCAGAGUCUGGUUCUGACUCCGAUCUGCCGCCUGCUCCAGCUAAUUAAUUAGUCCAGGAGUCCUUGAUUGGCUGGAUCAGAUGCAUUAGUGUUUGGGUAUGGGAGAGCAGGAAAGUAGAUGUCCAGGAGGGUCGGCGGCCACUGGUGUAUGAAACUUUGCCUUUUGAGAAAACUCGGCUGUUAAACGCGGCUGCUUCAAUAUUUUAUACCUUUGUUUUUACGUAAUUACCGAACUGAAAACUUGUCUGUGUUUUGGAUCAAUAAAGUGCCCGUUUCUUUACGAA